CGCACACAGUUGGACAUUACCCGGCCAGGCAUGUAUAUCAUGAGAAAGAUGUCUUCAGCGCACCUGCUACCUCCUAGUACCUUGGCUCAGUCGUACUCGACCCCUCCCAGUCUUCCUUGCAACGGUGCGCCUGAAACCUAACGCACAAUGUCCGACGACCUCAGCAUCCCCUCUCUUUUCGAUGUGAAGGGCAAAGUCGCGGUGGUAACGGGUGGCGGGUCCGGUAUUGGGACGAUGAUCGCAGCGGCGUACGUGCAGAACGGGGCGAAGGUAUACAUUGCAGCGAGGAAGGAGAAGCAGCUCAAGGAUGUCUCCGAUACGUUGAAUGCGAAGGGCCCGGGGAGCUGUCAUUACUUCGUUGCUGACCUCACAACCAAGGCCGGAUGCGACAAGCUCGCGGCAUCCAUCAAGGAGCGGGAGAGCAAGGUCCACAUCCUGGUCAAUAACUCGGGCAUGAGCUGGGGUGCCCAAUACGACGACUUCCCGGAGGUAGGCUGGGAUCGCGUCCUCGCGCUCAAUGUGAAGAGCAUCUUCUACCUGACUGUCGCCCUAACGGACGUCCUCACAAAGGACGCGACGUCGCACAACCCUGGUAGGGUCAUCAACAUCUCGUCCAUCGCAGGCCUUACGCCCAUCCCGUACGACGACCGACUCACGGGCGGAAACGGUGCCGGCUUGUGGAGUUAUAACACAAGCAAGGCGGCGGUGAACCACCUCACGACACAGCUCGCGUCUACCCUUACACGGAAACACAUCACGGUGAAUGCGAUCCUCCCGGGGGUCUUCCCCUCAAAGAUGACUGCCUUUGGCUUCGGUACGACCGGCGCGGACACCAUGAGCAAGGAGCACCCAUUCGGUCGUCUAGGUGAGCCGCGCGACAUAGCCGGCGUCGCGCUCUUCCUCGCGAGCCCCGCGGCUGCGUACAUCACUGGGACCCACACCGUGGUUGAUGGAGGGGAUGUCAUUUCUACGAAGGCGAAGGCGAAGCUGUGAGAUCGUCAGCCUCUUGGGUUAUAGGUCUUUCUCCGCAAGACACUGCUAGCUAGGAGUGAUUGUAUAUGUGGCUUCCUCAGCACAGCCAUCUAUGUCACU